UUCUCCAGAUGGAGCCUUCGGGAGCAUCUUAUACACGUUGAGCGAUGACAACCGGCGUUGUUGCUGCACUUUCUUUAAAACCUAACCCACCAACACCGGAAUCCCCGCGGCUGGCAUCUCUUCUCCUGCCGGCUCCCCCUGCGGGCCGAUCCACGAACAGCCGCGUAUCGCAGCUCAGCGGGCGGAAAAGUUUAACGCUGAGCAGCGGGGUUUGGAGGUGAGACGCUUCCACGUGCGAAGGCUCAGCCCGGCCGCACGCACACACGUGUGUUGCACAGCCAGCUGCGGAGCUUUGCCUUCGGUUUCUAAUCGCAGAGAAAUCUCACACAGCUGAAACGUAUAAAAGGGCUCGUGCUCGCGGGGUUUUUUUCUUGAAUGUCUUUGGGGGAGGCGUCGUUAGGCUGCGGCUCUGAAGAGCAUGGCGGGUACCUGGAGGAUCUGCGUUUGUUUCUAUUGCUGCCUUCACUGGCUUUCUUGUAGCAUCCAGUGCUCCCCCCGCUCCAGGGAUCGUGCAGCUCCUGACAAACUCUCCGGGCUCCCGGGAGCUCCUGAGCUCAGCCAGCUCCACCCGCUGCUGCGGCUGCCCCACGGCGUGAGCCGAAGUUAUGCCCUCCUGCCCCCCCUGCUCAAAGUGCUGACCGACCAGGGACGUCAGAGCUGGGAAAGCGGGACCCCCAGGCUCCAGCCGGACUCCCGAGCCCUGCGGUACAUGAAGCGGCUGUAUAAGAUGUAUGCCACCAAGGAGGGGAUCCCGAAGGCCCACAGGAGCCACCUCUAUAACACUGUUCGACUUUUCACCCCGUGUUCCGAGUGCCAGCACCGCCACAGGGAUCUGAUUACAGGAGACUUUCACUCGGUGGAUUUGCUCUUCAACCUGGAUCGUGUCACUGCUCUCGAGCACUUACUCAAGUCUGUCUUGCUCUACUCAUUUGACACCUCGGUUCCCACUUCUUCCUUUACGUGCACGUGCCAUUUGUCUGUGAAGGAGCAUGACUUUUCUAGCCAAGUAUGUCCCAGCGUUUCGCACUCCGUAGCGUUUAGCCUGCACUUUGAAGUUAGAAAGCGCAAGUGGGUUGAGAUUGAUGUGACUUCUUUUCUGCAGCCUCUCAUUGCUACUAACAGGAGGAAUAUUCACAUGGCUGUGAACUUCACUUGUCUUUUGGGUAACCCGCAACAUAACACUGAACAGGAUAAUCUCAUUAACAUGGCUCUGGUCCCCCCUUCUCUCCUUCUUUACCUAAACGAUACCAGCGAGCAAGCUUAUCACAGGUGGAACUCACUCAGACACAGAAGGAAAAGCCCGGUUCGGCCCAAGCAGAGGAGCAGCCUGUUUGCUGCUGUGCCAGGGGGCGAAGGAAGAGAGAACACGCAGGGUAAAAGGGCAUCUCGGCAUCGAAGGGCAGAGAAUCUGAAGGAAGCUCCAGCAACUCCGCCUCAAAAUUUGAGUGAAUAUUUCAAACAAUUUCUGUUUCCUCAGAACGAGUGUGAGCUCCACAGCUUCCGUUUAAGCUUCAGCCAACUGAAGUGGGACAAAUGGAUCAUAGCUCCACAUCGGUACAGCCCUCAGUACUGCAAGGGCGACUGUCCCAGGGCGGUCGGGCACCGCUACGGCUCUCCUGUGCAUACAAUGGUGCAGAACAUCAUCUAUGAGAAACUGGACUCCUCUGUUCCCAGGCCCUCCUGUGUUCCUGCUGAAUACAGCCCUCUGAGCGUCCUGACCAUAGAGCCCGAUGGCUCCAUAGUCUACAAGGAAUACGAGGACAUGAUAGCUACUAAGUGCACUUGUCGGUAGUGGGUGUCCCCUCAGCUGCUUCACGCUUAGUUUGGGUGUUUUGCAUUCUCCAAAUACUUGUAGCAUUUGUGUAAUUCUAGCAGCUCUUUCAAACUGAAUAGGAUUUAGCGUGGGAUAAGAGGGUGUUUAUAUAAUAGCACUAUUUUUGUAGCCACUCGGUCUCUCUAGAACGUGAAAAUAAAUGUAAAUAUCUUUUUAUUGGAAUAAUCUUGCAUUUGAACAGAAGUGGUUUCAACUACCAGAUGCCUAUUUUAAGCUGUUUUGUUACAGAUUUAAUAAUAAAUAAAACAAAUGCUUAUCACUCGUAUCACUUAAAUUCAGUGUCUGCUAGUCUUCCUCUGUAUAAAGAAAUCCUUUGUAGUGAUGCUUCUGCUAAGCUUCUAGGGAAAGAGGAAAGGUUAAUAUUAAAAUUACCUUCUCAGUAUUUCAUUAUUUUUCCUUUCCAAAUUUCCAAUUCCCCCAGCACUUUUCUUGUAGGAAUGUUGCAGAAAAUGCUUAUUGGAGGCUGAGAACUCAAGCUAAGGGAACUUUGGCUGCAGCUCACACAAAGGACUGCUUUCGUAGGGAUUUUUUAAUAGAAGAAUGCAGCUCUGCUUUGUGUGGUUUUUUGUUUUUUUUUUUUUUUUUUCAAUAGCUAAGAAUAGCU